GGAUUACCCGACAUGCCCCGCGGCAAAAUGGCGGCUUGGGCUGAGCGCGAGGUCCCGACUGAGAGGGGAGGGGGAUAAAGUUUGGGGCAGGCACGAGACCCUCCUCCAAGAGUCUUAGAAGCUACCGCAAAGUUACGGGGGAACCCGCAAGAAAGAGCGACUAGAGCGAGACCCGGGGUGGAGGAAGGACUGAGGUGGCCGGGUAGAUCUGAACCGAAUCGGGAAGCCCCGUCCGCCUGUUGCUGGACUUUGGAGCCCCUCAGUGAGCCCAAGUGGUGCCUUAGGGGCGGUUUAGAGCUCGCUGGCUGGGUCAGGGCUUUUGUGGGACCGUCUGCAGGCAGAACCAGCAGGUGCUGCCGGACGGGCGGGGCUGAAGGUUUGUCGACCAAGUCCCAGCUGAGUGUUACCGAGCGGGCAAGAGUUCCUGAGGCGCCUCCAGCCUUCUUAGUCUUCGUGUGACGCGGAACUCCACUCGGGCUCAGAGUCUGAUACCGUUUCAGCUCGGUGAGCGACAGGGCCCUGACCUGGAAGGAGGGGCUGGGGCUGGGGCAAGAAUAGUGGAUGCUUGAGACGCGGAGUUAAGGUUCUGUAUUACACUAGAGGGGGGGGGGGGGAGGAGAAAUAACACCCAAACCUGUUAGUGAAGGAGGAAAUGUAGUUAGUAAAGGGGAGGGGAAUCAGCUGACCUAUGCCAGUGGUUAAGCUUGAGGAAUGAAAGAUGGAAAAAGUGGAGAUGAACCCCUACUACUAAAACAACGGCUGGAAGUGAAACAGUUUCAGGAGUCAUUGGCCAGAUGCUGCUGGAUGCGGUCAUGAGAUUACUGAUUCUGAGGCGGGGAGGAAAAACAUGUUUGGACAGAACAUCACUUUGGGUCUGUCUUUGCAUCGAGUGCCACCUUCAUGAGGCUGCACAUCUGAACUCGUGCUGGUGACCUGUUGUGAAAACUUAGCAGGAGGGACGAUGACAAGUACCAUCCCUUCCAAGAAGCCUUACCGCAAGGCUCCUCCACAGCACCGUGAGAUUCGGCAUGAGCUGCCCAUCCUGCACGAUAACCAAGAUGGUGUGAUUUUGGCAGAGCAGAGUCAGGAGCCCCUGACAGAUGCAGAAAGGAUGAAGUUGCUGCAGCAUGAGAAUGAGGAGCUGCGUAGACGUCUGGCCUAUGUUACCAACAAAAUGGAGGCAAUGGAAAAGGAGUUGGAGUCCGGCCAAGAAUAUCUGGAGCUGGAGCUGGGCCAGAAUCGUGAAGAGCUAGAGAAGUUCAAGGACAAAUUCCGUAGAUUGCAGAACAGUUAUACAGCCUCACAAAGAACCAAUCAGGACUUGGAGGAGAAGCUGCAUGCCCUGGCCUCUCUCAGUCAAAGCUGGAUUUUUGCAAUUAAAAAAGCUGAGAUGGAUCGGAAAACACUUGAUUGGGAGAUUGUGGAGCUCACUAACAAGCUACUAGAUGCCAAAACUACCAUUAAUAAAUUGGAAGAGCUUAAUGAGCGAUACCGUCAGGAUUGUAACCUGGCAGUGCAGCUGCUGAAAUGCAACAAAUCUCAUUUCCGGAACCACAAAUUUGCUGAUCUUCCCUAUGAACUGCAAGACAUGGUCAAUAAGCAUCUGCAUAGUACUCAGGAGUCCUCGGGGCCUGGCCAGGAGGCCCUGCACACACUGGCCCCAUCUGAUGUUGUGCCCACCUCUGUCAUCGCCAGAGUCCUGGAGAAACCUGAGUCCCUGGUACUGAAUUCUGCUAAAUCCGGCAGUGGCAGCUGCCCCGUUGCUGAGGAUGUCUUUGUCCAUGUAGAUAUGAGUGGAGCUCUACCUGAUGCCUGUCCCAGUUCAGGACAGCCUGGAAAAGAGGAAGUGGAAGGAGGAAGACAACAGAAUGGGGGCUGCAAGCCACAAAGCAGCUUGGAGAGCCUGCCUGGAGAGGUGCCAACGUUUGAGAAGUUGAGUCCCUAUCCUACUCCGCCCCCUCCCCAUCCUAUGUACCCAGGACGGAAAGUGAUUGAGUUCUCUGAGGACAAGGUGAGGAUCCCAAAGAACAGCCCCCUGCCUAACUGUACCUAUGCCACACGCCAGGCUAUCUCCUUGAGCUUGGUUCAGGGGGAGGAGGAAGGCUGUGACAGGCAGCGAACCCUCCCCAGUAGCCCCACCUCAGAAGGCCAGCGCUCCACCUCCAGUUGCUCCUACCAGCCAUCUCCAAAGGUGAGCCGAGCUCAUGGUUCCUCACAGAGCAGCCCCUUCAGCAGCCCUCCACAGGUUCCCAGCACUUUUCCAAGUUCAGCCAGCUCAGAGGAAGACCUGCUGGCAAACUGGCAGCGAAUGUUUGUAGACAAGGCUCCCCCCACCACAGAGCGAGUGCUGGUGAACCGCACAUCCUUUAGCCGUGAUACAGCCCAGGAGCUUCAGAAGCGCUUUAGCCGCUCCAUGCAGGAGUUAGGGAGGGCAGCCUCUGCUUACUCGGAUGGUGAGGAGUCAGCACAGAGCUGUAGCUGGACCGUGAGUAGAGAUUCAAGCGUGGACACUGACAGCACAGAGUCCCGGGCACGCCGGAGCCACUUGGGCUCUGACUUUGGUACAGACUUCUCUCAGGAGGAGGCCCGUAAACUGCUGCAAGGGGGUGGCAGGGAGGGGCUAGCAGAGCUUCCCAGUUCAUCUUCACCAGAGAAGCACAAAGACUGUGUAGACAUGGACUCACUCAGGAGCCCAGCUGAAGAACAGGAAAUCCUGCUACGGGGAAAUGAGAACAGCCAAGAGGCUGCCUCUGAGCCAAGCAGGCAGUGGAAGAGCAAGGCUCCUUCUGGCCGCCCUCACCGCAGUCCUAAGAGAAUGGGGGUUCAUCACCUCCAUCGCAAAGACAGCCUGACGCAAGCCCAGGAGCAGGGGAACUUGCUCAAUUGAGGGUAGGGAGCAAGACAGGCCUGGGGUGCCCAGGAGCCAGUGGUCCAUCCUUCUCCCAAGGGCUGUAGCCUAUAGUCCUGGAGUUGAUAGGACUGCCAUUGUGAUUCUCCUGUCCAGGAAUUCCAGGCCAUUUUUUAUAUAUUUAUUGUAUUUUUAAUACAUAUGAAGAGUGGAGAUUAGUUCUCCAGCAGCAUCAGAACAAAACACUCUGGUGUUCACCAGCACUCUGCUCUGUGCUGGUGUUCACAGCUCAGUUUGCACUCACUCUCAUUCUUCUAAAGCUUAAUUCUGCCUUCACACUCCUCUUUAGGCUCUAAUAUUGACCCAUUCUGAUUCAUGUGAUAUGACCCUUGGACACCUCAAGCCUGCACUCCUGCCUUUUCAGCCUGUGCCAAGAAACAGGCCCAUGUCUUGUCUGAAUCUUCCACAAACCCACCAUGUUAAGGGAAGGGGGUAAGGCACAAAACCUUCCAUGUGUGGGUGCCUCCAGCUGUGUGUGGUUUGUGUGUUAGCUUUUAUUUUGCUGAAUUCAUGUUUGUUUCUUUUGGCUGCUGUGUGGAUGUAUGCAACUGAGCAGGAUGGACAACACUCAUUGGUCGCUUCUCCGGAUACUUAGCUGUUUAUGUCCUAAGCUGUCCAUGGCACUUGCAGGGAGGGGCUGGCUGUGCAAAUAGACAGGGUGAAUGUAAGUUUCCCCCUGCUAGACUAGGCCCUGAGGUUGCCAUGUUGAAUCACCCAGAAAGGCUGUGCUAGACUGCUUUGGCCGUGAGGACACUUGUUAUGUGUCUGCAGUUAAUCAUGUUGGUUCUUACUUGAGUGACUCUGUCCUAUUUCAGUGAUGUUAGAUAAGGUAUGUGCUUUCAUUUACUUCCUUUUUUGGUUUUUGACUGUAAAAUGUGCUCUGCUCUUUUGUAAAAGAAAAGAGAACCUGCAGUGGAAAUAAACAGCGUGUGGGCUGUGCAGACAUGGGGUCAUCUCACUCUAUGGCCAAACCAUAAAGUAUCUCCAUCUUUGCCAUAGAAAAAGAUGCAGGUUCUUUGCCUCCUUGGAGAUGGCUGGUGAGGAUGGGCAUCCCUAUUUUGGGCUGCAAUCCAGAUUUACACUAGUGCCUUCCCAAGGCCUUAUCCAAGGUCUGAUUUUUGUUGUUGCUCCUGUCAUCUUUUCUGUUUGUUUAGUGGUGUUGUAGUUACCUUUGCAGAAUUUUCUCUGUGUGCAUAUGCGGCACACACAGCUGAAGUGGAUGAGGGAAGGACUAAUAGUAUUUGGCUUUUUGUUUGAUAGACCAAGCUUCCUAGUUGUCUUCUGGUCCCCUGGGUUUUAAACAAGAAGGUGCAACCAGUAAAGUGACUAGGCUACUGGAUCUAAUUUAUCUUGCCAGCUCUUUUGGUUUGAAUGAAGACUGUAUGAUCUUCCAUGAGAGAAGCACUCUAAAGCCUUCCUCCAUAACAUAGGGAGUUUGCUCCCUUGCAAACACCAGCAAAGCUGCCAAGGAAGCCUGCCGGUAGCUUCACAGGACUAACAACCCUCCCUCAAUUUUCUAGAAUCUGUUGGAUGGCUGCCAGAGCCUUUGCAGGCUACAGGGCUUCUGCUGUCCUCCACUUCUCUCCCUUUAGACCUAGCCAAGGUCUGCUCCAUGUGAGGCUUGAUGGCCAUAGCAGACUAGAUGUGGCCUUGUCAAGUGGCCAUUCCUUUUUCUGUCUAGCUGUUGGCUCCUGAAUCCUUUGUUGAGGCACAACUUAGUAUUUUUGGUUAGCUAUGCCAAUAAAUUGGUGCUAAAGAUGGACACCCUUCCUUUAGUUUACUUGAUUCUUAACCUUUAAUGAUCUGACUCCUACAGUUGAUAAUUACUUGUUCUGCUCAGCCAUUGUUGCUACUGCAGCAUUUGGGAGUUGUUGGGGUGUUUCUUUGGGGGGGGGGGGGCUGUUACUUUGCUCUGUAAAGGGCAGGAUCAGGGUUGGCAUUUCUUCCUGCCCCAGCUCUACUUUUUUUUCUCCUGUGGUCCAGGCAGUGGGUCAGUCAGUUACCUCUGGGAAGGCUCCUCCUAAAACAGGGGCGGUUCCUUUAAAUCAAUCCAGGAGGGUGAGUGGCCUUCUUCCCUGGAACCACCCUAGUCUAUCCGGCCCUGCUGCUGAAGCUGGGUUCAUCAUACCCUGUAGAAUAUGAGAUCUCGUUAGCAGGCUGCUUAGUUAGGAUGGAACUGAUUAAUUCAGGGUCCCAUUUUCCCUUCUGGAGAUGACUACACAGCUGCAUUUUAAAGCAGCUGGAAACUGACAUGGCCCAGCCACCUGACUGACUGAAACCAGGCACACCAGUGUUGCUUACCUUUAAUGUUGAGCUCAAAGGCUAGUCAGAGGAGGAGGAGGGAAUAAUCAUGAGCAUAGCAUAGUUCAGAUGUGCUGUUCAUUUCAUGUUGGACUGGGUUGUAGCAAAGCCUCCAAGAAAUGCAGCGUUCCUUCCGAAACUCUUAAUGCAGUUUGUGGUGCAGCUCUUUGUAUUUUGCUUGUCCUUGGCAGUAUUAGUUCUCUUGGGGAGUUUGAGUUGCCUUCUUCAGCUGCCCCAUGUUUCACAGUGUCCCAACUCAAGACUGUUAAUCUGUGACUAAUGUGCUUUUUUCUGAGAUUUUCAAACUGAUGUAUAUUUUAAAGCCAAAAAUAAACUAUUUUAAAAGUA